GAUAGGCAGCGGCGACGUGGGCAGAGUGUGGGGGUAUAGGAGGAGAGAGAGGGAGGGCAGAUAGUAGGUAGUGUGUGUGAGGCUGUCAGACAGCAUGGUCUGGGUCUGAGGAGAGAGCACUGGAAGAGGCAGCAGCAGCCGGCACAGCUCCAUGUAGACUAGUGUGGUGCCAUCCACAGACCACCUGGACCUGUCCAACUUCAGCACCCAUCCAGGACAACAUCCACCUCUUCCACAGAGGAGGGAGGAGGGGGUGGGUGUCUGUUUUUUGUGUUUUUUUUUUUUUUUUUUUUUUUUUUUCUUUCUUGGUUUGGGGUGGGCUCUGAGCUGGACUGCAUGCAUGACACAACGCAAAGGGGAGAAACCCACCAUCAGCAUCCAGGAGCACAUGGCCAUUGACGUGUGCCCUGGCCCCAUCCAGCCCAUCAAGCAGAUCUCCGACUACUUCCCCCGUUACCCGCGGGGCCUCCCCCCCACGCUGCCCCCCCAGGCGGGACAGGUCGGCUCCUUGCGCUCUGCCUUCUCCUCCUCCUCGGCUGCAGCCUCCGAAAGUGACCCAGCCCGCUCCAAUGAGGAUACCCCGGACCGGGCUUGUGCCGGCGCCGCCGCCUCGCAGGCCGCCAAGAGGGACGAGGAGCCCGACGUGGAGGGAUACGACUCGGACGACUCUACUACACUGGGGACCUUGGACUUCAGUUUGCUCUACGACCAGGAAAACAAUGCACUGCACUGCACCAUCAACAAAGCCAAGCUUCCUGUUCCCAGAUAUAAGAAGGGGCUCAAGCCAAUGGAUCACAACGGGCUCUCAGAUCCCUACGUCAAGUUGCACCUACUGCCUGGGGCCAGCAAAGCCAAUAAACUUCGAACCAAGACCCUGCGCAACACACUCAACCCUGUCUGGAGCGAGACCCUGACCUACUAUGGCAUCACCGACGAGGAUAUGGUUCGCAAAACACUCAGGAUUUCAGUGUGUGAUGAGGACAAGUUCCGCCACAACGAAUUCAUCGGGGAAACGCGGAUCCCCCUGAAGAAGCUGAAGCCCAACCAAACCAAGAACUUCUACAACUGCCUGGAGAAACAGCUGCCUGUCAACAAGACAGAAGACAAGUCCUUGGAAGAGCGGGGACGCAUCAUGAUCUCCCUCAAGUACAACACACAGAAAUCAUGCCUGGUGGUGGGCAUCGUACGCUGCGCCCACCUCGCCGCCAUGGACGCCAACGGCUUCUCCGACCCCUACGUCAAAACGUACCUGAAGCCUGACGAGAACAAAAAGUCAAAGCACAAGACGGCUGUGAAGAAGAAGACGCUCAACCCCGAGUUCAACGAGGAGUUCUCUUACGACAUCAAAUAUGCAGACCUCACCAAAAAGACCCUGGAGGUGACGGUGUGGGACUACGACAUCGGCAAGUCCAACGAUUUCAUAGGUGGCGUUUCCCUGGGCAUCAAUGCAAACGGAGAACGGCUCAAACAUUGGUUUGACUGCCUCAAAAACAAAGACAAGAAAAUUGAGCGCUGGCACACACUGACCAAUGAAUUGCCUGGUUCUGCAUACAACGACUGAAGACCCGCACCCUGUUGACCUCUCUGUUGGCCCCUUCCAGGUUGCAGCAGACAGACGUCCUGCCUUCAUUUUCCUACUUUUAUCCCAGCUCUUCGGAUCUGGAUUCUCCCAGGUUGGCCACGAGCCUCGCGAUGACCUGUGACACCUCCCUGAUAGUAUCUCCUCUCUCGAUAGGGCUUGUUUCAAUCAGAGAAACGGAAAGCUCACGUUUGUGUUCAGUAGCAGCGUCGCGUAUACAGUAGGGGUUGCAUGACAAUUGGAAACAAAAGUCGAAAGAGGGAGCUUUAAUGUCGAGUGUUCAACUGGCUACGAUUAUGAUUUCUCACACUAGGCGACCGCAGAUAGAGGGAACACACAGCGUGCGCUUCCUCAUCGUUCACAUCAUUUAGAGCAGCUACCUCAUUUGGAUCAUAGCCUUUUGGAGAGAAUUUACCACUGAAAAUCAUCUCUGCCAGUUUCCAUCUGUUUCAUGGAUCAAGAGUUCCCAAUACUACUAAAAUAUCUGCCACAGUCCCCUAAAACAACUGAUGCAAGGAGCAGAUAUUAACCCUAUGUACAGUCAUUUGGGCUGAGAAACAGAGCAGAGGCCCUACAACAGAUGUGGCAAAAUGUCUCGCUGUGGGAGUUAAUGAAUAAAUGGGUACCAGAAUGUCACUCGGAUUUCAGUGUUGUAGAAAAUGGCUCAAAAAAAAAAAAAAAAAAAACUGCCACAGACAAUUCAACACAAGCAAUUCAAUAAUAAUAAAAAAAAAGAGGUUGCAUUUGUUGCAAUCAUUCGCCGCGACCACAGCGAGUUUGUAUGAACCCCAACCAACAAAGUGAAGAUGCUACAGGAAAAAAAAAUUAAAAAAAUGCAAGGAUUUAUGAGCAUCAAGAGACGUAACAUCUGAUAUCCAGUUCACGGCUUUGACUAAUGCUCAGCUGUUUCUUCAUGUUUGUUUACAAGCUUUGGCAGUGUGAUCCCAAACAAACUACAUACCAUAAUGAUAAUAAUAAUAAUAAUAAUAAUAAUAAUAAUAAUAAUAAUAAUAAAGUCAACUUAUGAACUGUAAUUCAGACCACAGUCAAAGGUACCCACUGGAAGAGUUUCUGGCUUUAAAGGCAAAUUGAAGUGUUGGGUUGCAGAGUCACCUGGGCGUUAAAUGAGUCCACAUGGUGCUGAGAUCUCCUCAUUAGCUGCUCUGUGCUCCACUGGGCUGCGGCCCCUCCAAACUGUAUUUCUGUCUCUGCAGUCGCUUUCCACAGGGCAGAAAAACAGCUCCACAAAUAACACUGAAACAAACAUAAUCAAAGCGGAUGAUGCCAAUAUGAUAAAGCAAACCUCUUUUUCCCAUGUAAUUACAGCACUGGCGCAAGACUAUUAUAUCUACGGUUAUUGCAGAUGUUCACUGCUGGAUCUACUUUCCAAUUCAAACAGGAGAAUAACAAGAGGAAGGUGUUUAAUUUACUCAAAAAGUGGGAACCGGGAUUUGUUGCAUUUUAUGUUGAAAUAAUGCAGUUGGUUUAUGUACUAAAAGAGUUUUUUGAUACCAAUUUUGCUAUGGAAGUGAAUGGAGAGAUAGAAAUACGCAGUUCAGUGCAGCACAGAGCAGCUAAAGAGGAGAUUUCACCGCCACGUGGACUCAUUUAACACCCGGGGAACUAGACAGCCCAGCACUUCCAGAGCGCACAGGCGUCUCAAACCUUCAGUGCAACCCCUAUCCUAUAGCACGCGCGCAGCCCUGCUGAACACAAAGUUUACACGACGGAAAAACGAGUUUCUACAAAACUCGCCGACAGCACCUUCGACUGCAGCGUGGAGAAGAAACACCUUACACGUACACCCGCUAUAGCGAAAGGGCCGAAUUUUAACACGGAAAGUUUACGUCAAACACUGCUCCAAAAACAAAAACCAACAAAAAAAUAAAAAAUAAAACAAAACAGGAAAAAAAAAACAAAAAAAAAAAACGAGCAUGUAUUGUUUACAACAGCCUACUCUUGCUGAAGUCCAAGUUUGCUGCUGAAAGGGCGACCGGGCCCUUUGCUAAAGUCUUUGCGAUUGUUCCCUCGUCGAAUGCUAGCUUUGCAGAGAAUGGCAGGAGCGAGACGGGAGUAAUUUUUAAUCUACUAGCUCUGUAUGUAUAUUGUCACUAUGUUGUUGCAUAUGUUAAUUUUGUUUUUUGUUUUUUUGUUUUUUGUUUUGUUUUGUUUUUUUUUUAAUGUAAACAACUCCACUGUAAAUGUAUCAAACCGAAUGUACAUGUUUAACCCCUUCUAUUCCGCGGUAAAUCCUCCGAGAACGCGCACCUUAGUGCUCUGUGUCGUUGAUAUUGUUCACACGUCAAAUCUCAAGCUCUGUUUCGGUAUGUGGGAAUAGAGACGGUUGAACUCACUCGCUCACGUAGUCCAUCAUAAAUAUGUUUACUUGGCCUCCUACUAGCCUGUUACAUUAUUUAUGUUUAGUUUUUUUUAUUUUAUUUAUUUUUUAAUUAUUUAUGUUAAUGGUUUAAAAGUAACCCUGAGAUCCUGUAUAGUCCUGGAAGUUUACCACAGAUGUAAUGUCAAAACGGUUCACGAGUUGCAGUGCCCUCAUGGAUCAGUGGGCUGGGAUGCAUGCCAUGUAUUUGUGAUUUUAUGAGUUCGACUCCACACCAUGACCUUUGCGGCUGCAUGCUCCCCUUCCUCCCCUCCUCAUCCUCCUCCUCUCCCUCUUCCCACCACUUUCUUGUGAAUUUCCACCGUGUACGGCCUGGUAAUACAGAAAUGUCACUCAGAUAUUCUGCAUAUUCCUCAGCGUUCCUGUCAGGCUUGCAUUUCAGCAUUUCAGCUAGCAGCUUGACGAUAAUGAUAAUAAUAAUAAUAGUGAUAAUAAUAAUGAUCAUUUUAAAAAAAGAGGUUGAUAUGAACUUGAUCCAGCUGUUCCCUCAUGGGCAUGUUUGGCUCUAGAAGCAUGUUGAAUGUGGCUGUCAGUUCUCAUUGUCACACGUUUAGUAAUUAUUUCAGCUCAAGUAUGAACCGCUCGUGGAUAGUGACUAACAACCCUUGUGCAAACCGUCAUUUCGUUUGUUUUAUUUGUUUGUUUUUUCAUAGUUUUUAUCAUUAUUCCCCCUCUUCUUUUUCGAAAGAUGUUUUGUUCCAUUCAUUUUGAAGAAGUGCUCAUUCUAACAAAGGCGUAAUAAAAGCGUCACAUCCUCACAUCGGCUCCUUACUCAAAAGGGGAAACUCCACAUGCAUUUCUUUGAAUGUUAUCAUUUCUGUUACCGACAUUGAUUUGUGAGGCACAAACUGGCUAUGAAACCUUGUUGGCAUUUCAGUAUACUCAGUGAUCCCUCUUUCUCCAAUGAAUAUACAACUAAUACAACUAAUAUGUGAUAUUUUGUAAUCUGUCUGCCUUUGUAUGCAAGCUCAAUAUUACGGAGAAAAAAAGAAAAAAAAAAAACAACUGCAUGCGUAUGUUCUUGGUUUUGUCAUGAGAUGAUUUUGCCUAAUGUUUGAUACUGUUUUCUGUAAAAAUACACAACUGUGGAUGCUAUAAGGUUAUGCUAUGAGUCAGUCUUUCUUCUGGACAACAUUUUGUACCUUUGAACACUAUCGCAUUGCCUGUUUGGCUGCUGUAUUGACUAUCUGGAGGUGUGACUUGAUGUGAAUUAAAAUCUCUCCUUUGUUUUGGUUCCUUUUUUAACA